GUUCUACGUGCGCUAUGUAAACAGCUUGUCGUUCAAACUUAGCAGUACACGCAAUGGUGGUUGAGGCUGCUCGCCGUUUGCAUGAACAACAUGGUUUUUCCUACUCUCAAAUUGACGACACGGGGGUGCUUCCCCUCUCUCUUACUGCGGGAGAAGAUGGUGUUCUCCGUACCGUUCGCUAUCAGGGCUCCUCUGACUGGGCAGGUGCCGAAUCUCAUCCGGUGCCCGCUGUACCACUCCAGGCCGAAUUCAAAGAACUUGUCUCCCAAUUUUGCAAUUCUGCAAGUUGUAUGAUGGGGUUCUGUGAUCAACACGUCAAUUGGUUUCCCAUGCCCCCGCCUCGACCCGUCUCACCCCGCAUGCAAAGCAGUGAUCUUUUCUCUGACAUAAUUUCACCUUGCGGAGACGAUUGCUUUAUCUUGCGAGUCCCCGGUAACAUUCCAGCUAUCGAGACUGAAUGGACCCCAAAGGAGGUAGACACAUUCAACAUGAUUUUAGAUUACUCCCCGGAUUCUUCGCCAUGCGACCUUGCCACGAUCUGCAGGAAACCGUGUUUCGAGAUUUUCAAACGGCGAAGGAGAACGCUACCUGAUGAUAACAUCAAAAGAAGGCCUGCAGAAAACAGUUUAAAACGUCCUCCUCGCUUGAAGCACACGAUGUUCAAUGAUUUGAACUCUGCACAAUUCAAGCCGAAUGCUCCAUGUCACCACAAAGGCCCAUGCAAUGUCACCUCCAAUUGCGCAUGUUUCCGAAAUAAAGCUCAUUGCGAGAGGAGCUGUCGUUGCGAUUCCAAAUUAUGUACGACACCCCUCAGAUCAUUCCCGAUAUACUCAAGGCUUGAGUACAUUCAGGUCGACGUCGAUGGUCAGGCUGCAAUUGCGUUAGGACAAAAACAAGACGUCCCUGCGGUACGGAACGUUGUGCGUGCUUCAAAGCUCAUCGAGAAUGCGACCCGGAGCUUUGUGGAAAGUGUGAAGCAAGAUCAAUACCGUUGUGAAGGAUGCUCAAACAUUUCUAUUCAGCGACAGCUUUGGAAGUCCACGGAAGUAAAGCCCGGAAGUUGGGGUGUCGGUCUAUUCCUACUAGAGUCCGCUGACCCAGGCGAGCUCAUCACCGAAUAUGUGGGCGAACUGGUAUAUGAGCUCACCACUGAGUCUCGGGACGACGUGUCAAUGCAUCGUCAACGAAACUACUUAUUUAACUUGAAUGCCACCUUUGCGCUAGACAGUGAAUUCAUCGGAAACGAAUCUCGGUAUAUAAACCAUUCGGAAGAUACACCUAAUUGCAGAGCGCAAGUUAUGAUGGUCAAUGGGGACCAUCGGAUUGGCAUAUACGCUCAAACUCACAUCGAAGCGGGCGCUGAAUUAUUUUUGAACUAUGGGCCUGAAUUUUUCAAGGCGACCUAGGCAUUUGCGUUGAGUAUCAUGCUAUCGUGGCACCAUUCACGGUAGAGCCCUAAUGAUAAAGCCCCAAUGAUAAAGUGGCUGAAACGACUGCUACGCCAUGAGAGCUAUAUGCUUCAACUCACUGGAAAGAGACGUUAAUUGAUGAAAUAAAAAAAU